AUGCAGAUAAGCAGCGGCGGCUUCGGCUUCGGCGGCGGCGGCGGCGUGGGGAUCAGGGCGAUGUCGCCGAAGCAGGGGCUCACCGUCAUUCUCGUCGUCUUCUGCGCGCUCUCCUUCCUCGUCGAGCUCGCCGCGGUCAACGCCGGGGAGCGUGCGGCCACGGCGUUCGUCACCGACAGCGCCGAGGACGCGGACGGCGCGCGCCGCGUGCUCGCCGCCGGCUCGUCUGCGGCGGCGGUCCACCAGGUCAGGUACCGCGACACGGCGGGGGAGGCGUGGCCGCUGCUGCGCCGCGCGCGCGAGAGCCCGGCGUGCGGCCGGCUGACGGGCACGGUGCGCAAGUCCGGCUGCCACCUCGCGCUGACCACCACGCUGCCGCGGGAGGUGCUCGACGCGAGGUGGGACGUCCUCGUCGUCGACGGGCCGAGCGGCGCCGGGCCCGAGGAGCCCGGGCGGAUGGGCGCAAUCUACACGGCGGCAGCGCUGGCACGCGCGGCGGCGGCGGCGGCGGCAGCGGCGGGAGGAGGCCUGGAGGCGGUCGACGUGGCCGUGCACGACGUGCACCGCACGGUCGAGCGGUGGUACGCCUGGGAGUACCUCUGCGAGGACAACCUCGCCGCCGCCAAGGGCCGCCUUUGGCACUUCCGGGUCACCGCCGGCGGGCCACCGGACGCGUUCUGCUCGACCGGCCCCGCCCAGAUCUUGUAG